CGCCUGUCUGCGUGACUGUCUCCAGCUCUGUCAUGGCCACCUCUACGAUCGGUUUUAGAGGAACUCCGAUAUAUCUCCCACACGACCGACUCCCGCCAUCUCCAUGCUCGAGGAUCCGGUAACUUCGCAACCUGCAGCGCUAUCGAAACGGACCGCUAUACGCGCCUCUGGUCUAUACCGUUUCCAGAUGUACUAUCAUGACCUGCAUCAACAGUGCCCGCUCCAGCCCUGCUCGCGGCGAGGACGUCUUUUGACCGGAGCUGAAGUAUGAACCGUAUACUGUCUUACUGUGCACUUUCUCUCUAUCUUCUUGAAGGGCACAAUUUCUUUACCAUCUGCCGCUUGCUUGGAUGGACCCGUUUACUAUCGCAGCCACAGUCACCAAGAUUACCACAACAUGCCUGACGACAGGGAAAGCCAUAUACGAUCUGUCUUGCAAGUAUCAAGAUGCUCCACGGAAUAUGGUUGCGAUCUCUGCCGAAGUCGCUGUCAUCAGCGCCUCCCUCUCUCAGAUUCAAGCCCUUGUGUUGUCGAAGCAGAACCCGGAACAGCUCCUCCGCUCUAGACCUGAGGUAGCAGCGACCUUAGACACCUCGCUGACCGGUUGUAUGGUCCUGUUCAGCUGCUUGGACGAGGAGAUUCGUGAGGUAUCCAGGCACGCCCGAGGCCUGGAUAAGCUGUCGUGGCUGGGCAAAGUGAAGACCGUCUGGAAGCAGGAGAAGUUCCAAGAGCUUCUGGAUGGUAUCCGAGGGCAGCAGCUGGCAAUCAACACGCUGAUUCAGCUUCUACAGAUGGACUCUCUGAAUGAGAUCACGCAAUUGUUACAGCGGAACGCUCCUGAGCUGAAGAAAACGGUAGAGCGAACCAACACGCUGCGCCGUUCUCACCCACUAAUCAGAGUGGCCGAGUCAAUCUACAGUCAGGAAGAUCGAGCGAGCGUCUACUCGAAAGCCGAUUCUAUACUGGCGUCUUCCGACCUCGAAUUCGACUUUGAUGACAUCAUUGUCAACAGCGCAGCUUACCGACGAGCCUUAGCAGCAGCCAGGCAACAAACUAGCGCUCCUCGACAGCAAACGGAAGAACCAGACCAAGAUCUCAUCGACUUUUCGGAAAACGACACGCUUCGGCAAUUCCAAGUUGCUGAUCAGGAUGCCGGAGUAAAGGCGAUCUCUGACGAUCUACUUGGCCUUCGCUUUUCAGUGAUUAUUGACGAACCCACCUCGGAAGCUGCAGGCAAUUUCGAUUUCCCGCUCGACGUGAGCGAAAGUAGGACUCCUGAACCACAACCUGUGCUGCCUUCGCAUAUACCUACCGAGGCAAGCAUACGGUCCGGUCUGGCUGCUACGCAUUCCAGUCUCAUCAACAUUCCCAACCGUGUCCUUAGCGACAGACCCAGGUCGGUCGAUGCCUCUGCAGAAAAGCUAGACGUGAAACCCAGUGGAACUCCGGAAGUCAACAGCUCCCCAAGGGGUACCCGUUCACCUACUCCGAGCAUACCCGCCGAGGCCACAUCCCGACCUCAGCGAACAUGUCGCAAGUGCAACGAGGUUCUGAGCGGACAAUUCGUCCGGGCACUGGGCGCGACUUUCCACUUGGAAUGCUUUACCUGUCAGGACUGUGGCAAAAUUGUGGCUACCAAGUUCUUUCCUGUUCCUGGAGAUGGGUCCCAACAACAUCCCUUGUGUGAACGAGACUACUUCCGAAGGUUGGAUCUGCUCUGCUAUAGCUGCGGCGAGAGUUUGCGUGGUUCAUACGUCACCGCGCUGGACCGAAAGUACCAUACCGACCAUUUCGGAUGUGGGUACGAGUCUUGCAUAACUCUUUUCGGCUCUAGCGACUCAUACUACGAGCAUGACGGUGGGAUCUAUUGCUUGGUUCAUUACGCCUCGGCCUUCGCCAAAAUCUGCAAGGGCUGCACAUUGCCCGUCUUAAAGCAAUUCGUCGAGAUAUUCAGGGACGGCCAAAACCAACACUGGCAUCCGGAAUGUUACAUGAUACACAAAUAUUGGAACUGUACAAUGUCCAAUAUCGUACCGAUACGUAAAGUCGGCAGCUUCUGGACUGAUAUGGACGGCCAGAAGCUCGAUAUAGUGGCCUUGUCGCAACGGAUAGCCUCCAUCGAGGACACGAUAUCUCGGACGUGGAGUAUCCUGAGUACCUUCGAAGAAAAGGCGGCUGCAACGAUUUCUGAGCUAUUCGUGGCAAGCCCUAAGUCCGAUGAUGCUCAACUUGCUAUACAGAGGAUAUCCCUUGUCUUGUCGUCGGUAGGUUUUCUUUUUGCGGUACUGGAAUCGGUCAACGAAAGGAGGCUUCGAACCAGUCUAGCAGGUGUAGCUUUUUCAAGAGAGUCGAAACUACUCUGUAAGAAGAUAGUGGCGCUUAUGCAGGACGUUGUGGAGUCGCAUAAAUCCACUUCACCUCCCAAUGGUGUCACGCAGAAGUUCAUGUCACUAGUCACCGGAGUCGCUUACAACUUGAAGCUUCUCAUCCGGAUAGCCUUGAGUGGAUCCUCUGACUCACCCAAUGAACUGAUGGAGCCGUUCUUGAGGGACAUGUCCGUCAUGGAUGUCAACCGCGAUCUUCGAUACUAUCGAAGCCGCAUCUCCUCCAUGGUGUCUACGUCGAAUGACCUAUGCGUGGGCUGUCGAACAGCAGUGGAAGCUGCUUGCUUCAAAGCGAAGAAUGAACCAAUCCGACUCUGGCAUCAACAGUGCCUCCCUUGCCCAAGAUGUCAUCGCUCCCAGGCCUUUGGCACGUUUCCGCAUAUACCUGGAUCGCCUGCUCCAGUAACGCUAACUCUGGUGUGUAAUUUCUGUAAGACUGGACUUGAUCGAAACACUACCAUCGUUCCACAAACUAGGCUGUUUGUCCAUUUGCUUUGGACUGUACUGGCGCGGGCCAUGUUGACUGUUGGGUGCGACUUUGCGGCCUUGCUAGACGUGCAAAGGGUAGAUCUUGGGGAGAAAGCAGCAGGGGCGGGCGCAGCACCGCAGCUGCAUGAUGGCGCUCAACAAGUGUCAGCGUAAAUGGGAUCACACAACGACUGGAUGUGGUUUGGAUUCUCGGAGCUCAUCCGUGGACAUAGGACACAGAGAGACUACGUAGCUUCACCCCACGGCUUUAAUGUCGGCUCUAGUGGACCUGCCCGUCUUAAGCAGCGUAAGGCCACGUUCUUGCACAAUGCUAGUGGCCACAUCAUUACAUCGCCUCAAAGAUGUGGAUGUCCACAAUCAAUGAGAGCACUGAUGACCGGUGGCCCCCUUUGGGGCGUUGCAGGUCAUGGCCGGCGGAGCGCUACAUGUAAAGGACUAUACAUAGAGUGCUGGAGCGACCGCAAGCACGUAGACAUGUCGUGGAUACCAUCAAGUCCUCCUGUCGAACGCUCCACAGUGAUGCUUGGAGACGAGCAAUCUGAAGGGAAGGGAGAACAACAAUGACGGGCACAAAUGUACAAGCCUCGCCGCUUUCAGCUCGUCUUUGUCUUGACUACAUAGACAAAGUGGUUCGUGA